GAACAGGACUCUUUCAGAAAUUUCUAAAUUCACAUUUUUUAAUAGGUUUCGGACAUUGACGAGGGUUUCCUUUGCUCAAUUUACCUGCCGUUCUCUCAGCAUCGACCAUUUCGAAUCAUCAUAAAAUGCAGCAGGCUGGGGCAUCCGGUUCGGAAGUGGAAGUCACAUGGGAGGACCAGCAGAAUAUUAACAAGUUUGGCAGAUUAAAUAACAGGCUUCACGAACUCGAAGAUGAAAUCAAGAUCGCUAAGGAAACAAAUGAGAAUCUCGAGGAUGCAAGCAGUGAGUUGAUUCUUACUGAUGAAGAUAUAGUGCGAUUCCAGAUAGGGGAGGUAUUUGCUCACGUCCCAAAAGAUGAAGUCGAGAACAGGAUCGAGCAGAUGAAAGAAGUUACUGAAAAGAACUUGGAGAAAUUGACUGAGGAGAAGGAAUCCAUAGUUAGUCAGAUGGCUGAAUUGAAGAAGGUUUUGUAUGGCAAGUUCAAGGAUUCCAUCAAUCUCGAGGAGGAUUAGCGAUAUGUUACUGGUCUACUUCAAUAGACUUUCGAACUAUAUUUGGCUUUCUUGGAUAUUGUAUUCUAUGAUGUUGAUCUUUCAUUGAGCCAAGCCAAUUCCAAACAAGUCCUUGCUAUUUGAGUAAAAUCUGACUUUUGUAACUUGGCCAGAUUUUAUUAUUAAAGAAAAUAAACGUGAAAAAUAUGCUUAUUAA